CCCCCAAAUCCCCCCAAAAUAACCCCAAAUCCCCCCCCCAAACCCCCGCCCCUAUUCCCCCCUCCCCAUGAGCGGGCGGCGGCUGCGCGGAGCCAUCGCUUGGGCGGCGGCCAUGCAGGGACCAAGACCCGUGGUUCUGAGCGGCCCCUCGGGUGCAGGGAAGAGCACUUUGUUAAAGAAAUUACUUAAAGAUUAUGAGAAUGUCUUUGGCUUCAGUGUCUCCCGUGAAUACACGAGGCAGCCAAGGCCUGGAGAAGUAAAUUGUAAAGAUUACCCACUUGUGACCAGAGAGGAAAUGAAGAAAGAAAUUGAUGCGUUGAAAUUCAUUGAGCAUGCAGAAUUCUGGAAUAUGUAUGGGACAAGUAAGGUGCAGUGGCAGGCUGUCCCAGGGCCCAGAACCAGAUCUGUGUCCUUGACAUUGACAUCAGGGUGUGAAGAACAUCAAGAGACAGACCUGAACCCCAUCUACAUCUCUGUGCAGCCCCCCAUCUUUGGACAUCCUGGGUGA